AUGCUGCGAAAGAGCCCAACUGCAGACUGGGAGAAGAAGUCCGUCGAUUUUAUCCUCGUCAAGCCGAGCCCCGCGAAGAAGCUGUCCUACUCUACGAGCCUCAUCGCCAGCUCCAUUUCGCAAGUGGUGCCGCCGGUUCUUCCAGUGCCUUUCAAGGAAGGCGAGAUGCAGCCCAAUGCUUACACGAUGCGCUGCGACAAGGCGGGCUUCACCUUCGACAGCCUCCACGGCAUCGGGUUCUACAACGGCCAUCCCCUGCUGGAGCUGCAGCCCAACGGCCAGCUGAGCCUAAACAUCGGUCCCUCCUUUGUACAUAUCUUCGACAGCAUGGGCAGCAGCAAGCACAACAAGAAGAUCGGCUUGCUGGACUUGAAGCUGAAAUGCCGCAUCUUCGGGUCCUUCGGGGAUCAAGAUCUCGCGCCCAUCUCUACACGCAUGGACAUCGUGGUGUCGGAUUCCACCUGCUGGGUGGAGGAGAGGAUCCCUUGUCGAAAGACCCAUCGCUGGACCCACGUGACCAGCCAUGCCCAAUGCCAACACACGUGCAGGAAUACCGCAAGCUGCUCUCACUACAAAUACUGGCGGCGUGGAAGGACCUCCUACUGCUACGACACCAAGCUGGACGAGACGCAGACCGGCACCUGCACUGUGUGGUCCAAAAUCCCGGAUUGCAAUCCUAUGAACACCUGCGUCAAAGUGGAUGCACCCACCUGGCUGGAACGAGGCAUCUAUUGCCCUGUGGGCUACGACAUUGACCGGCAGAGCAUGACGUACCUCAAGGAUGGCAAGACUCCGAAGGAGACGAUCUAUCUGCGCCGGUACAAGGAUGGUGUUGACCAAACCGUGGAUGGCUGCACCAACGGCGGAUGGUUGCUGCAAGAGAAGGAUGCGAACGACUUCAUGAGCUUGUCGAAAGGGAUCUUCGAGUUCUCGGGACCUCUUGUCGGCUGCCAGGUGAAGGGGGUGAGCUACACCGGCCUUCCUUGCGAGCAGCCGGGAAACAUCACAGAGGAAGGGGCCGACGUGCAGCCGAUUAUCUUGCACGACCCGAACACACAGGACGCCAUCGAGGCUUCCUUUAAAAUCAAGGGAUGGGAUUUAGGAUUGUGCAAGCAAGGCGAGCUGAACCAGUUGACAUCGGUGUCUGGUGGAUAUCAGGGCAGUGAGGUCUUCGCACAGAUGCCACCAGAGUCUGUCGCCCCUCGCUUGCUUGGACGACUUGGUGUGGUGUUUGUCGAUGUGCCUGGAGUUGGAAUGCUGUGGCGGGACGACUUUGUUCCGUCCCCGAUGAUGAUCGUUGAAGGUCAGUUUGUUUGUCCCCCUGGUUACAUGCUCGGGGAUGGGCCCAUCUUCGAAAGUGACAUCGAGUCCAUGGAGAUCGGAGACUGCGAGAUUAAAUGCAAGAACAAUGACGACUGCCACUUCUUCUGGCACGGCUCGCAGCAUUCUGCGAACACAUGCCGGUUGUACUCGAGAUGUGACAAUCUUCUCCGAGAGCCCGGUGUAGAGGGCGUGCUGAAAGCGGUGCCUCGUUCGCCCAUCUGCCUCGUGAACAACCCCGAGAUGUGCUGGACCAAAACGAUGCGACGCUACGCUCUGACCAGUGAGAAGCCACCGAGCGAGUUCCAAUUCCUGUACUGGAACCUGCAUGCCCAGUGCGACUACAUGCUCUUGCUUGGAGGCUGGGGAGUCAGCGGCUGCGCACGGCCGUCCCACCGCACACUGAAGAGCCAUCGCUGGGCCCACAAAAAGCUUUUGCCUGAGGAGUUCGCUCAUGGCACACGGCUGAAGGCCACGUGCUGGAACGAGCGGUACAAGGGCAUCCGCCUGGGGAUCCGCGGCAACGAGGUGGCUACCUGCGUAAGCGGCAGCUGGUUCAGUUCGAGCAACCUCCCCGGCUUCGGCGACUUCUCCUGUGUCGCCUGCGUGCAGGUUGGCACGAGUGGAUUCGGCGAUGUGGAAACCAAACGGCAGCAGGAGCUGUACUACUUCAACAAGCUGGCACUGUCGAUACACAGUGAGGUGAAUCCCAUCGCCGAUGCCAAGGUGAACUGCAUGGAGCCUGUUCGCCCCAAGGCAGGUCAGGAGACCUCGCUUCCUGAGGACCUGACGAAGGUACACACUUUCGACCUCAAAGGGCACGACUUCACGAUCAUGAACGAUGUGAUUGGUGAGACAACGCUUUGGCGAAGCAACGACGAGGCUUCGAAGAAAAAGUAUACUUUCCAGAGCUUGCCGGAGGCUUUGGCCGCUUGCGCCACUGACAGCAAGUGUUGGUUCGUGUCGCGGUCCGAGGGAACUCAGGUGGGCGCCUCACUUCGCCGGUUCGACAUGCGUGCAGGGAACAUGGUCAACUUCGUUGGCGCGAAGACAUGGGUCAAGUCCACCGCGAACCCUUGUAUCGGCAACUGUGCCGCGCUGAGGCCAGUGAAGUGCGGCCCUGGUGUUCGGGCCUGCGGUAAAACUCUGGUGGAUGGCCGCAAGCACGGACACCUGUGGACCCAAUCCCCUCAUGCAGAGUCUGCACACUGCCACCAGAUGAAGUGGGUCCAGAUUGACCUCGGAUCGAUCAAGGAGUUUGAUCAGGUGAAGCUCUUUGGCUACGCUGAUGGGCGCAGAUACUGUGGCCACAAAAUCCUGGUGUCCAACAACGAGAAAGACUGGAGAACCGUGUACCACAACAACAAUUGGAAGGCAAAGGAGCAUGGCCAUGGUAACACCUUCAACCUCGGCUCACAAGUCGGUCGCUAUGUGCGCAUGUAUGCCAGCAGGAACAACUUCAACCAUGGAAUGCACCUCCUCGAAAUGGAGAUCUACCGAGCAGCGGUGCCGCAGCCAAAGCUGCCUGAGUCGCAGACGAUCACGGACCACCAUGUCAAAGAGCUGCGGCGUAAGGCGAGGAAGCCAUCGGUCCUCCAGGAUGGUUUGCAAUGCUCCUACUACUACCACCAGUCGCACUGCAAUGUGCCAGACCUUGGCACACUGACACCCGAGCACCACGUGAUUGUGCCGAAGGUGGAUGGGUUUCCCGGCAUCCGCCAACAUGAUCACUUCUGCGUCAGGUGCGCUGGGUUCCUGAAUAUCAGGAAAAGAGGCCAUUACUAUUUCUACACUUCCUCAGACGAUGGCUCCCUCCUGUUCUUAAACGGGCACAGGAUCGUCGACAACAACGGUUGUCACGGAAAUAGGGAGAGGGGGAGUCAUCGGAAGUGGCUGGAAGCAGGACGGCACCGCUUGGUGGCGGACAUGUGUGAAGUCGGAGGUGGCGAGGCCUUCACGGUGCGAUACAAGGGGCCGGACUCUGGUAACCACAAGAUCACGAUCCCGAGAUCUGCCCUAAAGUACGAGAAGGCUGCCACGGAGGUGGACCUGAAGGACGGUGCAGAGUGUAAUUACUAUUACGGCCAGCACCAUUGCUCGGUGCCAAACCUUGACAACGUGAAUCCGUCCCAUACGGUGACCGUGCCAGAGAUCUACAUGAACAACGGUCACUUCUGGGGAAUCAACCACCACGAUCACUUCUGUAUGAGGUGCACUGCCCAGAUUGCUAUCACGAAUGAGGGGAACUACAAGUUCACCACUGCAUCCGAUGACGGCUCUUUCAUGUCCUUGAACGGGCGGCGCAUCGUCGAUAACAAUGGCUGCCACGGCGAACGGGAGCGGACGAGCGGCAACCAGUGGCUCACGCCCGGCUACCACCUGGUGGGAGUGGACAUGUGCGAAAAAGGCGGUGGUGAGGCCAUGAAGCUGCGAUACCAGGGGCCCGACACCGGCAACCACAAGGUCAAAGUCCCACAGUCAGUCCUGAAGCACGAGAAGGCCGGAUUGGAGUGCAAAUACAUCUACCACCGGCAUCACUGUUGGCUCCCAGAUCUGGGCCCCCUGCAUGCUCAUCACACUGUGACCGUGCCGGACAUUUGGAUGGAGAACGGCCAGUUCCCUGCCCAUCGUCACGGCAACGCCUUCUGCAUGAGGUGCAGUGGCUACCUGGUCAUCAGGAAAGCGGGCAACUACUUGUUUUGGACUGCCUCAGACGACGGCUCCUUUCUGUACGUCGGCGGGCACAGGGUCGUCGACAACAACGGUUGCCACGGCGAGAGGGAGCGUGGCAGCCGCUGGUGGUGGAUGAGCGCGGGCAGGCACAGGCUGGACGCCGACAUGUGCGAGCACGGGGGUGGAGAGGUGUUCAAGGUCAUGUACCAGGGACCGGACACUGGCAACCGCAAGAUCAAGAUUCCGAAAGAGGCUCUGCUCAAACCCGGGCAGGCCAGCGGCACCAGCGCCAUGCAGGCCCUGGACACAGUGACCGCAGACUUCCGACAGCACGGCACGCUGAAGAGCGGCAAAUUGGUCAUCAGCAAGCACUCGGAGAAGAUCACUUGCCGCAUCUACUGCGAUGAUGUGCUGGUGCAUGAGGAAUACCACGAUCACAUCGGCCACAAAGACCGCGAGGUGAACAUUCCGGAGAUCUGCAAGGGUGCUCGCAAAGUCAGGCUCGAAGGAGGCGGCCGCAAUGGAGGGACCUGCGGCUUCAAGAGCAACAGGUUGGAGGUGUUCAAGUUCAUGCCGACCAGGACCCUGACAAAAAGUGAAGUGAGCACCAUCAAGGACAGGGCGCACUCCUGCCGCGCUCGCUACUGGGCUGCCGGACAAGUCACGAUCAAAUUGGACGAGUUUGGCGAGAUUGCGCCUGGCAACAAGGUGAACUUUGGGCACCACGUGUACUCCAAAUGUGAGGUCCACUGCAACGGGAAGACACAGACAGUCUACAGCGGCCGGCGACGCCACAGGCAUCGGUCGACGUUCGAUGUCUCCAAGGAAUGCAUCGGUGCAACGACCAUGGUGCUUAAGGGCGGUGGGCACUGCGGUGGUUGCCAGAUUGACAAAGGACAGCUGAAGGUCUCUCCGUAUCCGACUCACCCCUCGGAGGUCGUGAUCCCGGCCAAGAAGAUCGUUGCCUGGUUCAAGAGUGAGGAUGCAGGACCUGUAUGGCGAAGCAGUGUCGGCAAAUUUACCGCAUCCGCUCGGCGCCGGACCGGCGUGGUAGCUUACACAGCACGCGGCUAUGGAGCAAAGGCUCCUAUCCGCUACAUCCAAGGCCAUACUGGGCACGCUUUCGACUUCGGGAAGGUCUUGCAGGAUCACUACUCAGUUUGCGCCGUGACACGCUACCUCUCUGCUGGGGCUACAGGGCGAAUCCUGACAGGCAGCACGACCAACUACCUGCUUGGACAUCAUGCAGAAGGGGUGGGCCUGACCUUUUCAGAUGGCUGGCAGACUGCGACGGGCCUCCGCAAGAAGAGCACCAAGUGGCUCACAAUGUGUGCUUCCCCCGGUGCCAAGUACGUCUUCGUGGACGGUGUCGACGUUGGAACCCAGAAGACGGAUCGUUAUGUGGACCAGCACCUCCUGAUCAAUAGCGGCCCCUUCGGCAACGAAAAAUCGGACUGGGCCGUCGCAGAGCUGAUCACCUGGAAUUAUAUUCUCACCAGGGAAGAGAUGCAGGAGGCAUCCACGUAUCUGAUGAAGAAGCUGAUGGUGGGAGGUGAGAUGGAUACUUGCAAGGUGAUCCUGAAGCAGCCAGAGCACUGGAGAGACGAGCGUGGCAGCUACAACAAGCAGGUCCUGAAUCGCCUCCGGUUACACAAGUCGACACACCGCGUUGACUUGGCCCUGGAUUCCACGUCUGGUUGGUGCGCGUCCUCGAACCACCGCCACAAGUGGGUGGAAAUCGACCUGCGAGCAAAGGAGAAGGUAAUGGGCAUCAUCCUCCAAACGCUGCACAAGUCGGAUGACUUCGUCUACGCCUUCAAAGUUCAGUACAAAGCAUCAGAAAAAGGAAGCUGGAUAACGAUCCCGAAUCGAUUCACCGGCAUGUCGCACAAGACGGAGGAUCACGUGCGAGCAUACUUCGCAGAGGCCGUGGAAGCGAGGUUUGUGCGCCUUACCGACUUCUGGUGGCACAAGAGCAUCUGUCUCCGAGCCGCGGUAAUGCUCUGCAAGACGCACUUGGACAACGAGGUGAAUCUGCUCCAGGCAAGGACGUGUCCGACGAACUACAACAGCGAGUCCUGGAGCGAGUCGGAUUCGGGUAGCAGGCACCUGCGAAUCGGCGGCUCGCCGGAUUGCCUGCGCGUGACGCAAACGAAGAAGCGGAUGGCACUUCUUUCUGCAACUUGCGUCGGGGACGAUGUGCACCAGAUGAUCCCUUCCUCGGAUAUCGGCUAUCUUUUCACGAUGCUCCAUCGCAACAGCUGGCUCCAGGACAACGUGCUUUUGCCGGGGCUCAAGGCGGAGUACUUCUACAACCUGAAGUCGGACAGCUGCGUGAUUCCGGAUCUCACGUGGCGUGCGGCUGACAAGGUGGAAGUUAUACCGCAGAUGAACUUCUGGAAGGCUGACAGCUGGGCGGGCCUCAAGCACAACGACAGGUAUUCUGCCAGGAUGAGCGGUGUUCUGAUGAUCAACGAGCCAGGUUGGUACCACUUCUGGCUAGCGGCGGACGAUGCCUCCCGCCUCUUCUUAAAUCACAGAGAGAUUGGGAGCCUCCGCGGCUGUGGCGGCACACGCCACAGGCACAUAAAGCAGAAGCUGACAAUGGGGAGCUGGCCAAUAGAGGUGCACUUCUACGAGUUGGUCGGACACGCUUCCCUACGCUUGGAGUACCAAGGGCCGGACACGCACAACAAGAGGGUCAUCGUGCCUGGGACCGCUUUCGCACACAUGGCGGAUAAGACAAUGUGGAUGCCGACCUCCGCAAUCGCGCGUGGCUGUAUUGGAAAUACUGCCCUGGGCUCCCUGCAACCAGACAUGUUCCUAGUGAACGACUUGGCCAAAGGAGUUCCAGUGGACUGCCGCUUCGUGCCCCUGCUCUCGAAGGAGCUUCCCGUUCAGAUUGCCACGACACGCUCUUUCAAGGACAGCAGCUGGCCUCAAUGGUGGGAGGAUCUCGAGAGCUGGGAGAUGGCAUGUCCUCAGGGCAAGGUGCUCCAGUCAUUGGACAUGCUCAAUGUCAACAACAAGCUGCAGGUGAAGUACACCUGCGCAACGGCCUCGGGCCUCGGACAGUGCUACCCAGCUUGGACGGACCAGCAAGACGCCCACGAGUUCAAGGACAGUGUACUGUCCAAGAGCAUCUUGAAGCGCUUGCACAUCGUCUGCCCUCAGCACGACCUGCUGAGCGCAGUCCACUUCGAGUACUCGGAAGGCGGCCUGUGGGCACGCUUCAAGUACGUCUGCUGCAAGGAAGCAGGCGCUCCAGUUGCCAUGGUGUCCAGAGGGCCGGACCACGCCCGCGUGAACCGUCUUGAGGGCACCUACUGCCCUGAGAAGGUUGGUUCGUCGGGCCGCUUGGACUACAUCCAGAAGGCGUGGGGAGGCUGGCAGACAACAAAGCUGGCGAAGUUGACUUUCAGCGAGGUCACGGGCAAGUGGUGCAUCGGAAAUGAUUGUUCGAGCCCGGGUGGCAGCGUGGAGCCGAUGGGCUUGCAGCUUGGCGGCUUCGACGCCACAGAUGUUAGCGACUUCGAUGGGAAGUUCGAGGCGAAGGGCGUGAAGCCCAACGCUGGAGGCCUCCUCGGCCAGUCACCGGUGCCCAAGGUGAAGCCUCCACCACCUCCAAGGCGGCCCAAGGCUCCCGCAAAGCCCAAGCUUGAGACCUUCGAGCCAGAGAUGCCCAAGUACUCGGACAAGUGCGUCGGGUAUGGUGAUCUGUGGAAGAAGGUGCAGGAAACAACUGUGAAUGAGGCUGGAGAGGAGGAGUCGAGUGCAGAGGAGCUUGAAACUGAGGAAGAAUCACAGGCCGGAUACAAGGCUAUGCAUCCCUGUGACCUUGCGGGUACUUACGGCGGCAUCCGGAGCAAGUGGGCCGGAGGGGAUGGCAAGGCAAUCCAGAAGCCAAUGCCCUAUAACGAGCUGAUGGGUUGCCUCGACCGAUCCGGCGCUGUGGCCUUCAAGGGCCAGGAGGCGGCCUCGAAAGACUGCGCCGCCACACAGGCGAACUUCGCGAGGAUGUUCUGCGAUGUUCACUGCGUCCGGGAUGCCGUGAUCCGAGGAGACAGAACCAUCCUCCGCAACCUCAAGAAAGCCACGGACAUCACGAAUGGCAACACUGCGAAGCUGGCCGAGUGGAUUGUCAAAACUCAGCAGCUCGAUGUUUCUUGGCUGGCGGAGAAGAUUGAUCACCAAACCGUGGUGCAAAACCUUGAGAACACGAAGCAGUUCACCAACAUCAAGGAGCUCCUCGCAGGUGGAGACAAGAAGGAGCUCUUCCUGGCGAUCAAGCCACAUUGCAGCAUCCGGUCCACUGAGCUCAGCGGCUACGUUGAGGGAGCAUCCUUCGGCAAGGCAUCGCUACUGGCAGCCACCGAUGCGUUGGAGAAGUUCAACAGCAACAGUAAGUCCAUCCUCCAAGAUGGCAACAGCAGUGAGCAAGUCUUCGCGGCCUUCGACAGCUUGGUAUCCCUGAGGGCCAAGCUUCGGCCUCUUGCUUUAACACUUUGCGACGGCGCAUGGUCUUUGGGUCUUUGA